UUGACAUUUCACUAAAAAGCCAAAAUAAUUUGCGUCGAAUACAUUUUUUGUUUAUUAUAAACAUUUGUUGUAAAAUUUAUAUAAAUUAAAGCUUAAAUUAAAAAAAUUAUGGUUGUUGAAAGUAAAACUACGCAAAAUACCAGUGAAACAAACAAAGAUGAACACAUGAAAGAGUCUGAAGAAUGCGACAACAAAAAAGAAGAAAAAUGUGACAGCAACAAUGCGUUCAAUACUAAAGAAAAUACAAAUAGCAACAACAAUGAAACGGCUGUCCCAAACAAUACAGCCCCAGUGGAAAAAACAAAUGUAAACACCACAGCCGGUCCUAAUCAAGAAAUGGAAAUUAACAUUGGAGAUGUUUAUAUGAUCAAAAGAACGGAUGGUAAUGUUCAUGCGGCACAAAUCAUACAAUCAAGAGAAUGUGAACAGGGCACGAAUCCUCAACAACAAGAAUACUAUGUUCACUAUGUAGGAUUAAAUCGUCGUCUAGAUGAAUGGGUUUCGAGAGAUCGUAUAACAGACUGCACGGAAGCUGAAGGUGGGGGAGCUGCAGCAGCAGGUGGUCCAGAUGUGGCAGACUCUGUGGGAGCCAAAACCAUUAAACAAUUGAGUAAAGAACAGAUAGCAUCAUUGGAAAAUCCCUCUGCCGUAGAGAAUAGUGAUCGCAAAUUAACUAGAAAUCAAAAAAGACGUCAUGAUGAAAUAAAUCAUGUGCAAAAGACAUAUGCUGAAAUGGAUCCCACAACAGCAGCUUUAGAAAAAGAACAUGAGGCCAUUACCAAAGUAAAGUAUAUAGACAAACUACGCAUUGGAAGAUUCGAGAUAGACACUUGGUAUUUUAGCCCCUAUCCGGAUGAAUAUGGGAAAGUAGGCACAUUAUAUGUGUGUGAAUAUUGUUUGAAAUAUAUGCGUUUUCAAAAAACUUAUCGUUACCAUGCCUCUGAAUGUACUCAAAGACAACCACCGGGCAAUGAAAUCUACCGUAAAGGUACUAUAUCCAUAUUUGAGAUUGAUGGCAAGGACCAUAAGUUGUAUUGCCAAAUGUUAUGUCUCAUGGCAAAACUAUUUCUUGAUCACAAAACUUUAUACUACGAUGUGGAACCGUUUUAUUUUUAUGUUUUAUGUGAAAUUGACAAAAAGGGUGCACAUAUAGUGGGUUACUUUUCUAAAGAAAAGGAGUCGCCGGAAAAUAAUAAUGUUGCUUGCAUUUUAAUUUUACCACCCUAUCAACGUAAAGGUUAUGGCAAACUUUUAAUAGCUUUUAGCUACGAAUUGUCAAGACGUGAGGGUGUUGUAGGCAGUCCCGAGAAACCUUUAUCCGAUUUAGGUCGCCUGUCUUACCGCAGCUAUUGGGCCUACACUUUGCUGGAGUUAAUGAAAGAUUGCCGCACUACUACGCAAAGCAUUAAGGAAUUAAGUGAACUUAGCGGUAUUACUCACGACGACAUCAUCUACACAUUACAGUCUAUGAAAAUGGUUAAAUACUGGAAGGGUCAACAUGUUAUUUGUGUAACACCGAAAACUAUUAUGGAACAUUUACAAUUGCCCCAAUUUAAGAGACCAAAAUUGACCGUUGAUCCGGCCUACUUGAGAUGGUGUCCGCCUAAGCGAGCACCCGGCGGAAAAUUUAGCAAAAAAGCUUAAGUUUAGUGUUUAGUAUGAGAAUUUAUUGUUUAAAAUAAAUGAUAUCCCAUUAAAGAAAAAUAA